AUGAACGAGGGCAACAAGCUCCAGGUCUAUGAUCUAUCUGCGUGCACUGAUGCCAUCGCCGAGCAUGCCCGGGCCGGCCACAUCCAGCUUGCCAAGAAGGUCUUCGAGCAAAUGCCACACACUGACACAAUCUCCACCAACGCGGUGCUAUCCGCCUAUGCCGCCUUGGGCUAUGCCGAGGAAGCCCAGAAACUUUUCGAUGAGAUCCCACACAAAGACGUCGCGUCGUGGAACAUUAUGCUCGGACUUUGUGCCAGGUUGCGAACUCUGGACCAAACCAAGGCUUUCUUCUGCUCGAUGGAGCGCCGGGAUCUCGUGUCGUGUAACCAGAUGAUCUGGGUCUAUGCCAAGAGUGGGCAUUUUUGCGAAGCUCAGGAGCUCUUUUACGACAUGCCACAGCAUGACAUUUUCAGCUGGAAUACGAUCCUGGCCGCAAGCUCAAGUAACUCGGACAUCAAAGAAACACUGGCCAUAUUCCACGCGAUGCCAGUCUUGACGCUUGUGUCCUGGAAUAGCCUCCUUACAGCAUUUGCCCAGAGUGGCCAAACUGCGCAAGCCGAGACUGUGCUCCAAACAAUGCCAGCUACGAACUUUGUUACGUGGAAUGCAAUGCUUACGGCAUACGCACAGUGCGGGCUUACAGCCCAAGCGGAGAAAACGUUCGAUCGAAUGCCCGAGCACAAGCUCAUGUCUUGGAACGUGAUGCUGUCCAUGCACGCCCGCGAUGGACGCCUGGAGGCCGCCAAGGCGGUGUUUGAGAGCAUGGAGUGCCGCGACGUGGUAUCAUGGACAAGCAUGAUCACCGCGUACGCGCAUGGCGGCCACAUCUGCGCGGCGCGGGCGGUGUUUGAUGCCAUGCCUCAGCACAACCUCGUCUCUUGGAACGCGAUGCUCGCAGCCUUUGCUCUCGAACCACGGCGGGCAAGCGGUGCUAAGGCCCUCUUCGAUGCCGCCACCCAGCGAAACAUCAUCUCCUGGAACGCGAUGCUUUCCAUUUUCCUGAAAACCGGCGCGUUGCGAGAGGCCCGAGAGCUCUUUCAGCAGAUGCCGCGGCACAACCUCGCGUCGUGGAAUGCGAUCCUGAAUGUGUGCCUCGAGGAGGAAAGCCUGGAGGAAGCGCGGGCGGUGUUUGAUCGCAUGGAGCAGCGGGAUGUGGUGACUUGGUCCGCGAUGCUUUCGGCUUAUGCGCAAUCCGGGUAUGUUUCUGUGAUGGAGAAAAUGUUUGCGCAAAUGCCCCAGCACGACCAAGUCACCUGGAACGCGAUGCUCUCGGGCUAUGGCGGGAGCGGCAACUUGGAGCUCGCCUGGGAGAUCUUUGAGAAGAAAAUGCCGCAGCGGGACGUGGUUUCCUGGACAGCCAUGGUGGCCUGUUUUCUCAAAAACAACUACAUCCUGGAGGCAAAGGUGGUCUUUGAUCAGAUGCCAGUUCGCAACUCCGUGUCGUGGAACGUCUUGCUCUCUGGAUAUGCCCAGAGUGGGCAAAUACUUCUUGCAAGUAAACUCUUUGAGCAGAUGCCCGAGCAAGACUCAGUGUCAUGGAGUGCAAUGCUUGCGGCUUUGGUCCACAGCAACGAUCGCAUUCACUCAAUUCAAUCCAGUCUUGAGCUGUUCAGCUCCAUGAUCCUGGUGACAAUGCCGGACAAAUCGUGCUUCCCGUGCUGCCUCAUCGCUUGCAGCCGCACGGGGAAGCUCGCUGCUGCGAGGAGCUGCUUCGUUUCGAUCGUCAUGGAUUUUGGAGCCAGCCACAUCAAACAACACUAUUGCUGCAUUGUGGAUCUGCUGGGGCGUGCGGGAUUCCUCGAUGAUGCCCAUGAUCUCAUCCAUUCCAUGCCGUUCAAGCCUAGUGCUUCGGACUGGAGCUCGUUUCUGAGAGCUUGCCGAAUUCAAGACUCUAGAACCGUAGUCAAGCACUGCUACUUUGCGGCAAAGUCUACAAUGGACUCGGCUUGUCACGAGGGGUAUGUGUAUGUUCUUCUUGGAAACGCAUGUAUAUAG